CAAAUAGAGCAGGUACAAGAGGUUUUCGUGCCCCGGAAGUUUUAUUUAGAGUUGAAAAACAAACAACUGCGAUCGAUAUCUGGUCCGCGGGUGUCAUCUUGAUCACCAUAUUAUCACAUCAUUAUCCGUUUUUCAAAUCAACUGAUGACGCAGAUGCAUUUUACGAGUUGGGAAUCUUAUUUGGAAAAAAAUUAAUGCACGAUCUAGCAACGGAACAUGGACUGCGAUUUGAUAAACUCUUGCACACGAUGAGACGAGAUUUAUUUCCUAAAGAUAAUAUACAAUUGCUUAAUGAAAUUUACAGUGCUAUCGAUUUGUUGACAAGAUGUUUAGAACCGUACCCGA